AUGAGAGUGAGCGAAAAUGCACUUGGUAACGGUUGGACAGUACAUGAGAUCCUUGUUUGGAUUGCUGCGGGGUCGACCAUACUUGCAGUAUUGGUAUCUCUGUCACAGAUUUUUAUGCACGCCGUGCAUUACCUACAGCCCUCGCAGCAGAAACAUGUAACGAGAAUACUCCUCAUGGUCCCAGUUUAUGGUGUCAGCAAUUUGCUUGCGGCUAUUUACUACAAGAAGAGUAUCUACUUCCUCCUCAUUGGGAACGCCUACGCGGCGUUUGGACUGGCGUCCUUCUUCAACUUGGUCAGCUCGUAUAUUGCCCCAGACCUCCACCAACAAAAGGUGUACUUCAGAACAGUGACACCCAAGAAAUGGAAGUGGCCUAUCUCUUGGCUACAGAAGUGUACGGGCGGCGCUGAGAAAGGACUUUUACGCAACCCGCGGAGCGGACUGACCUGGUUCAAUAUCAUCUUCUUCGGCGUUUUUCAAUACUGUUUUGUCCUGAUGACCACGUCGAUCGCUGGAGUUAUUGCUCAAAUAUUCGACCGCUACUGCAGCGAGGCUCCAAUCCAACCUGCCUUUGCUCAUAUAUAUAUUCUCGUCUUCAAUAGCGCCUCCGCUAUCGUUUCAUCCUACUGCCUUGUUCAAUACCAUGACCAGAACGUUAAUGAUGUCAGCGAAUGGAAGUCCAAAUUCCAAUUUUUCUGUAUCAACAUUGUGCUCUAUCUGUCGACUUAUCAGACCUUGCUUCUAUCCAUACUCGUGAGGGUUGGCGCCUUCAAAGCCACGUAUUACUUUCAGACCCCAGAUCUCAACGUCACCCUGCCGGCGACCCUGCUGUGCGCCGAGAUGGCCAUAAUCUCUCUCCUCCAUCUCUGGGCGUACCCGUAUAAGCCCUAUACCAUGAACGAAAGAUGGAGCAGGCUCGAUGGCUCUGAGGCGAGUGCGUCUGGUUCGUACCAAGGCGGGCUUUUGGGCCUCAAAGCCUUCGUCGACGUGCUGAACUGGUGGGAUAUUUUCAAGGCCAUAGGCCGUGCAACCAGGUGGAUGUUUGUUGGUCGCAGGGGUCGACAUGCCGACCCUAGCUAUGCUUUGCGCACGGAUCACACAAUGGGUUCUCAGUUCGGAGCCACUCGUCGCCUCGCAAACUUCGGCUCACCAACAUUUUCGGGGGUCUCAAAGGCUGGCAAUGGCGCCUACUUUGAGGGCCAUGAGCUUCUGGCACAAAACGAUCCAAAUAUGGCUCGGCGGGAGAGCGAUAACGAGUAUCGGUACGGCAGUGACCCCCACGAUAUCGGUCUGGUACCAACAGCCUAUCGAAGCCACUACUCUCGAGACUAUAUAUAG